GUCGGACUUCGGACGCAGAGAAAUAGGGCAAAACUCCUCCUUAAAUAACACAUCACGGAUUCGCGGAUAGGGCAAAAUGCUUCCAUCACAGAGAAUCCCAUUACCACCACAGCAUUCAGAUCGCCACACCAUCCCCGCACCCUUGCCGCCGUCCACAGCCUCCGCCUCCCGUCGCCACCUCAGGAUCGCUCGUCUUUUUCUCCCACAACGCCGCCUUCGAAAAGAGGAGUCACUGGUGGAGAAGAUUGCCAAUAGUGUAUUGAAUGAUGCUCCAAUGAUAUAUUCCCUUCUGCCAAUGAUGAGUCUCAUGCGUCCCCCCAUCCACCAAAAAGAUGAGAGAGGGUGGAAUUGCUUCCACAUCCACAGAUUCUAGAGAAACCCUAAAUAAGGCUAUCUGUACUACUACAAAUAUGGGGGCAGAAUUUGAAAGAUCUUUUCCUUGUCUUGUGAAGAUAUAUGACUCUCUUGAGUCUGAUUUAAAGCUUAAUGAUAUUUUUGAGUUCAUUGGUGUCCUCGCCUUUGACACAGAUCUUUCUAAAGAGAAGGAAGAUAACAAUAAUGUUGAAAGCAGCUUGUGUGAGGAUGUAUUGGUUGAGUUGCCACCUAGCAAGGUCACUGAUUUGAGAAACCUACUUGGCUUGUAUGCUGAUUGGCAUUCACCUUUACUUCCCUACUACUCCUUUGAUCAGUUUGUACCUAAGGUUGAGAAAGUUGGUUCCUCAAAGCGAGUCAAGCUAAGUGUUACCCUGGAGAAGAUGAUUUGGCUAUUGCUCGGGCAGUUUUAAUGUAAGUAUGAACAUUACUUACUGAUCUUGCUACACUGGCUGCCAUGUUUUGACUUUGGUACCAGAGUUCUUAGGCAUGAAUUUCUGUAUAGUCUCAACUUUACGAUUUACAUUUUCAGUUUUUAAAAUUUUAGAAUGUUUGCGUUGUACUUACGGAACUUUUUGUGCUGCUAUUCCCUUUCAUAUGUUUAUUCUUACACAUCCAGUCUUGUGAAAUGAGAGAUGAUGUUUGAGAUUUGCGAA